CCAUGGGAGUUGGCAAGGUCUACCCUGAACAAGCCUGCCGAGCCCCCCGAGAUCCCCGAAAGAAUAUCGUCUCUCAUGACACCUUCUCGUCAGUCAGCGCUACGGACUCACAAGCAAAGGUCUGUGAUUGCAGUAUCCCGCCUUUCUGAGAUGUCAGUUGAGUCGGCAAGCUCCGAUAUUCUUGACGUGAAACUUGCGGCAAUGGAAAGUGAACUUGAGUACAUGCGAUGUGUCCAAGACGGCCUCAACGAAGCAAGACAGACCGAAAAGAUCUCCCACAACGCCUUUCAGCGAGAAAUCCAACCCUCCUUGAAGUCCUUCCGUUCGUCGUCAUCGACCAUUCAAGUUCUAAAGGCACAACGCCCAUUGAUAAUCGAAGACAUUGAUGAAGAGGUUUCAGUGAAACGUCAGAGGAUUGAAGGACCGGUUGACCAAAGCCUACUCGAGCAUGCUUACCGUGACGCCAUAAUCUCCCGUGUGCUGGGUGCAAGUGCAAAACAGAAGGGUCCCAAGUUUGAUCUAUCUACGUUCAAGAGGGAAGUUUAUACGUACUACGGUGUCAAUGAGCAUUGUCACCCUGGCUUUGGGUGGUGUCAUGUGUUAGACACUGUAUUUCGCCAGAAAAAUAUCAAAGCUGCCCAUCUUGUACCCAAAUCUACUACAUCUAAGGAAGUUUCUCAGCUAUUCGGAGUCAGCGAUGGAGUUCUUGAUGACCCCCGCAAUGGUAAGAAUGUUCUCUUUGUGGCCAAGGAAAUGACUGACUCAUACAAAUUAAGUAUCACACUAGCAGACAAUAUUGAGCUGCUUUUCGACCAAGGUACCAUCGCGAUUGUACCUAUGCCCGGCCCAAUGAAAAGUCCAACUCAAUGGAGGUGUGUUGUUUUGGACGAAUCAAAGAAUGAGAACAUCAUCGGUACCUCGGAUGGAUCCCAUAUGAAACUGAAGGACAUUGACAACAAGCAAUUGACGUUCGUUUCCGAUAACCGUCCUCGCCGACGGUAUUUGUACUCCUGUUUCAUGAUUGCGUACCUAAAUACAAAGAGCCGAGGAGCCAGUGACGCCGUUGCGAAAAAGGUUGAGGCCACGCGUUUUUGGCCGUCUGCCGGCGAGUACCUCAACCGGUCAACACUGGUUACAUUAACCCGUUGGGUUUCAGGAUCGGAGCUCCCUGAAUUCCUUGUGCAAGACAAGACGUUUGACUCCGGUGAUACCUCCACUCGUGACACUGACGCUGGAACUGUGCUUGGAGCUGAUAUCUGUGACGCAAUUCUUGCCACGAAGAGUCUCUAA